GCUUAGUAAUAGAGUUACGGUAUCUUAUUUUUUAUUCUACUAUCAUAUGUUGCAAGAUAACUUCAUGAUGAGUAGUUUUAAUAACAGCUAAACUUUCUAUGAUUAUAGACUCUACUUCCUGUAGAUUCAAUAUCUUUCUCUCCGUUCAAAAAAUAUUCUUUUCAAAGAAACCAGUUGAAUGAAGUUAUUCUCAAAACAAAAGUAGACGACUAAUAUGGAAAUUGAUAGAAUAUUUCAAGACGAGAGUUCAAAAGACCUCUUUGAACCACCCAGAGAAACUUUAUUAGAUAUAUCGAUUCCCUUAAAAUCACGCAUCAAAUUACCGACAACUUGGGACAAACUGAAAGAGAUCGGUGUGAGAAUUACAGAUCUUCGUAGGGACAGAUAUGAAGAGGUUCUCGAUCAUGUUAAGAGAGUUUACUACCUAGAAGAACCACUGUUCCAAUCGUUGAACAUAAUGGAAGACGAAGAAUCAUUCAACGCACUACAUGAACACACUAAAACAUACAUUAAAGAUAAUCAGUCAUUAAUAGCACUAAAGGAGGACACAAAUGAAAUAGUUGGUGUUCUCAUAUCAAGAGUUUUUGAUUCCCUCGCGAUGAAAACAUUUGCUAGAAUGGCUAUAUACAAAGGUGAGAGUUUUAAAACUUUGCAACGCCUAAUGAAUCAUUUUCUAAGAUACGCUGACUUGAAGAAAAUGUAUGGUACAGAUGUGUGGAAUUGCAUUUAUUUGUGUUCAGUUGAACCAGCCUUCAGGAGGAUGGGUAUUGGAGACGCUCUGUUCCAAGCAGCUAUUGAGCAGACAAAGAAGUUCAAAAUUGAUGUAAUAGGCGGCAUUUUCACCAGCUACCCACAGCAGAUGCUGGCGAAGAAAAAAGCAUUCGAAACCUUGCUGGAAGUAAAGUAUUUGGAAUGGACAGAGGACAAAAAAGUGGUGUUCAAAAAUACAGGCGAAGACAGCAAGGCAAUGUUUUUGGCAAAAUGUGUUGCGGACAGGUCGCAGGCAACUGUGCAAGAUUUGAAUGAAGACGACGUUGAGUCCAACGUUUGUUCACCGGAGCAUUUUGAAAAAUAUUUGUAAAUAAUACUGUUCAAAGAUUGUUUUUUUUAAUAAAUCAAGAAACAUCCCUGAUUUGGUAUAUUUGUAUGCGAAAAAACCUUGGAGAACGUUUUAAACGAUAUGGUCUGUUUUUCAUAUUAAAAAUAUUAUUUGUUCUCCAAUGAACGAAAAAUCUGGUGAGGCUCACUCACAUUACUUUCCUUUCCAUGAUGAUAGUUUUCGCAUAGCUUUCUGCAAUAAUAUUCAUUGCAUAUUAUUUUACAAAUCUCAUUCAAUUGUUGAAAGAUAACAGGUUUUGAACCAAGAACUACUGAAUUUCAACAUAUUGUGUCAACUUUAAUCAAAGUUUGUUUCCAUUAUCAAUCCAAUAAAUGGAUAAAUAAAUUGCAAUUGAUUUCUAAGAGAGUAACAAGAGGAUUUAAAUCCAUACCCAUUAAAUUUCAAUAAAUAGGGUCCAAAAUGUAAUAACUUAAACUAUCCAAUCGACAGUCUUUAAAUGAGCUCAGAAGUGAGGUGAAAUUGAUCAGGUGCGACUUGGAAACUCUGACACCAGAUCUGAGCCAGCCAGGUUACUCGACAUUACCAUAAUUAAUCACUUUUGGAUAUUGGACCUUAAAUACAAAUACAUACCAAACAGGUAGUUUGAUAACAUAGUACCGUACCGAACAGGGUUAAUAGGAAAGAGGAAAAAAUUAUGGGAUGAUGAGAAAUAAAAUAAAAAUAAGAUAAUGAAACAAACAUAACUAUUUAUGAGCUAUAACUAUGGCCUCUUAAAAUUCAUAGCAUAACAGUUAACAAUAACAUUACCGUACUCGAUAAACACUACAAUUUAAAAAUAAGGUCCGGUUUUACGUACGCCUAUCAAAUUUAACCGUCGAUUAAUGACGUCAUGGUCAUUAGAUUCGUUCGUUGGUUCUCGUGGCGUUAGUUCAGUUAGAUGACGUUAUUUGAUCACAGUUAAAUUGUAUAGUUGUACGU